AUGCAGAGAGUACUGGGCGACGCAGGACUCUUUGUCACGAGCCUCGCCAUCGACAGCAAGCGGAUCGUCGUCGGCAUGGUCAAACCCAAGAUAAAUGUCUUCAGCGCAGUAACGGGGCUGUACGCCCGUCCCCUGCUCGGCCACCACGCCGGCGUGUGGUGCCUCGCCCUCAUCAGCCGUUCGGGCAAAGGCGCCGAGCGCGCCGCCGUCGACCACAUCCUCCCAACAGACUAUGACAAGGACAAGAUGGCCGUCACCAGUUCCGAGGACGGCAGCGGCGGCAAGCCGCACCAAGCGGCUGCCAAUGUUGCCUUCAUCACGAUCCACGCUCCAAUCCCGCCAAAGCGCUCCUCCACCCGACUCAUUCAUCGAGCUGUCCGAUGCACCAGACUCCUUUGGAGGUCGCGGACCGCCAUCCACGGUAUCAAGCACGCCGGCCUCGGGGAAAAUUCAUCAGACCUAUGGCUGUACCAAGGUUCCCAAUGGCUCCACAAACCCCGUUUUGUCCUAACACGACAGCAGGGUGCGAGACGAGUCGUGGCUUUAACCAUAGCAGGUGAUCCCAGCGAUUCUCCUGCUGCAUCGUCUGUCCAGCGAAAUUUGCAACGCGACGCCUUCACGUCCGGUGCAGGCAACUCUGACGCUGACAUCUGCAUCCUCUCUGAGGCCCUUCCUUGGUCUGCCGAGAGCUACGCUCCUCCACCCGGACUCGAUCGCGAAAAUACCAAGGCUGUCGCAGAGGCUGAAGGCGGCGCCGAGAUGCAGUCAUGGCCGACGGCACUUGUAAUGUUUCCGCCGAGCUGGCCGAGGAGUCGAGAUCCACCUGCUCUCAUCCCUCGCUACCAUCUCCAUUCGCUGCCAACAGAGCCGUCUCCGCUGCAGCUCCAUCUUUCAGCACGAACGGAAACCCGCCUGCAUUGUCAGACAUUCGAUUCGAGCACCGUUGACCAGCCCAAUCACUUUCGCAAGAUGCAGAGUGGCUUCACGUAUCGGCAGGGCUACCGACGCGCCAAGACCUGGGUGCCGGAACCGGCCGACGUGCAUCCCGAAGUGGAAGCAACGGGCGUGCCUCCUGGUGGAGUGCGAUGGAAGCUCGAGACGCGCUACCGCCCAGGUCUGUCUGGCUACCGCGAUGUGCUGCUGCAGAGCAUCUUGGCCAUGUGUCGCAGGCACAAGCUGACGCCGCUCGACAUUCGCCAUCCGCCCGCUGUCAACGGCCAGCACUUUGUCGACGUCAUCUUCGCCGACGGAUACGAGGUGAAUAUGGCGUAUGACAACGACCUCACGUUCGAGUUUUACGGCACCUAUCCUCAGCCGGUCAGCCGCGGCAUUCCCGACUUCAGGCAUGUUGCAAUGUGCAUUCAGUUCCUGGCGGCCAGCUGUGACCUCAAAGACGUCAUGGCUGCGCUGCAUCGCAAUUUCAGGAUUCGCCAGGCAGGCCGCGUGAUCGGUGCAUGGGCGAUCGAUCGCGCCGAAACAGGGACGUUUUCGGGCCGUUUGCUGGUGCUGCUCGAGCUUCACACGCACCACGGCCUCGUGUCGGUGGGCGCCCGCACGGCCGUGCCUGGCUGGUUCGUGUAUCAAGAGCGCUCGUACCUGUUGCGCUCGGCCAACCGGCUGGCAUGGCGACAAGCGCAGGUCGCGCCCAAAAAGAGCGCUGGCUCUGGCGCGUACAACGGUAACGCAGCGAACGUGCAGCCAAGCAGCCACUUUGAAGCACCAGCCACGCGCGGACGAGGAGGACGAGGUGGUGGACGAGGACGCGGACGAGGACGAGGAAGAGGGCGCGGACGCGGAGGCGCUAGGGGCGGCGGUCACGAACACAUGAGCAGCUCGGCCGAAUUGCUCGCUCGCAACUUUGACGUCUUAUCGCUCUCGGACACCACCGCUAGCGAUUACCAGCUCUGA